AUGAAUCACACUUUGUCGCAGCGGCAGACAGUAAUGGAUGCCAACAGCGGUCGCAGAGUUAUAAAUCAGAAUAAGAUUGUACCGCGUCGACAACAUCAGUCUCAUCCCAUGCAAAAUUAUCCAGGUGAACAAUCUGUACAAUAUCCGCAAAACUCCGCGCAACUUGCACCAAACCCGAGGUUACAGCAGCAGCAACAGCUACAGCAACAGCGACAACAGCAGCAACAACAACAACAGCAACAACAGCAACAACAGCAACAACAGCAACAACAGCAACAACUACAACAAAUACAACAACAACAACUACAACAGCAGCAGCAGCAACAACAACUACAACAGCAACAGCAGCAACAGCAACAACAGCAGCAACAGCCACAACAGCAACAGCAACAUCCACAACAACCUCAGAGAGGACUACCUCAACAAAGAACUAUAGACGACGAAGCACCUUUGGUCUCCGACACCUGUGCGGUUAAUUCCAAAGAGCUUCUUAAUGCUUACAUUUACGACUAUCUACUGAAAAGCGGUUUUUCCACUGCAGCUGGGGCUCUUUUCCGCGAGGCAAAUAUGCCAUCCAAUGAUGGCAGACUCGCGGCUAGUAAAGCAAAAGUGUCGGUAAAUAUGGGAAAGAUGAAGGGCAGCGACUCUUCAGGGGCAGCAGCGGCAUCUGGCGCGGGUCUAUCAGGCUCCGUAUUUCCAUCAUCUCUACCAGGUUCUAGAAUGACAAUGGACUCUCCACAAGGUUUUCUUUAUGAGUGGUGGCUGAUUUUCUGGGAUGUCUUCAAUGUUAGAACUGAACGCGGUGGAUCUGCAAAUGCAAGCAGAUACUAUCAGUAUAUUAAUCUAAAGAUGAAGCACGAUCAGGAGCAACUCCCGCGGCCACUGCACAAUAUGGAUGCGGCCGCAUUUCAGAAAUCUGAAGAUGCUAGAGGACCCAGUGUUCCCAACGGCCCAAACGGCCCAAACGGCCCAAACGGUUUAAACGUUGUCGGUGGUCCUAGCACGGUAACCGCGGCCGCUCAAAGAUUGGGAAUAAUCCGCGGGUCUCCCCAGGGGAUUCAGGUACUGCAGGCACAGGCACAGGCACCGCAGGGACAGCUCACACAAGAUCCGCAUGCGCCAUUGGGUCCGAUGGGUCCGAUGGGCCCGAUGGUUCCCCUCAAUUCGCUGGGUCCCUACAGUCCAAUGGGUCCAGUGGUCCCUCAUGGCACUCCGCAGGCAGUGGCCCAGGCGCAGCUGAGUAGUCUUAGAGAACUACAGCAGCAGGGUCGACAGCCACCACGGGGUGCUGUUCAAUCAGGUUCUGCAGAUUCAUCGGGAAAUUCUCAGCGACCUUUGCGGCCUAAUGGGGGGCUGCCUUUACAAGGCGUUCAUGGGGAAGUCGCUGUCCACACUAGUUCGGGAGCUCCACCAUGGGGCCCGUCGUUAGGCGUAUCACAAGGAAUGCUGGUGCAGCCUGGUCAAUAUGGCCCUGGAGGUCCUGGUGGUCCUUCUGCGGGAAAGCCUGGUCCAUAUAUGGCUAAUUUUCAGGGGCAACCUCAAGCGCCUCAGCAGGUUUCUCGGCAGGUUUCCCAGCGGGUUUCUCAGCAGGGACCCCAACACAGCCCGCAACAAGCUUCUUCGCAAGGGCUCCGGCUGGGUCCGCAGGGUUCUCGUGUCUCUCAAGGGCAUUCUCAAAUUCAGCCAGUGAUUGUUCGACGCGUUUCCCAGGGGCAAAUGUCGCGGGGCUCAAGAGUUCCUUCAAAUGGUCAUGGUGCAUUGGCCCCGUUGGGAGCUGUGCCGUCGGAUGAUACUGCUAUUAAGGAGUAUGAAAAGCAAUUGAAAUUAAUGGAAAGUCAGAACCGCAAAAGGAUGGAAACGCAGGGGGCUAAUAGUGCCAAUGCAGUCAACGAUAAGAACGAGGAUAAUAAUUCAAAUAGUAUAAACAGUGCAAAUCGCAGUGCCCGUGCAGUCCGGGGUGGCGGCCGUCGUAGCUCGAUCGGUCUUGCAGGGCCUUUGAGCGCUCCAGACACGUCGAAAAUGGUGUCAGAUUUUGCCUCCAUGACAGGUCAAUUUUCCCACUCCGCAGGUUCAACUGCCUCUGGAGGCCGACCACUCACAGCAGUGAUGUCGUUCAAUAAUAGGGGAAACUCGGGUGGUUCAGCAAGUCGUCCUGGGCAAAGUAGAAAUGCUGGAGCGCCGGGUCCAUCAGGGCCACCGGGUCCACCGGGUGGAAAGAUAUCGCUGUCCGUGCCGGCCACACCUAUAACCCCUCAGGGAUUUCCAUCGACGCCGCAGAGUGGUCUGGGUAUUGGCAUAGGAUCCGGCGUUGGUGUUGGAGUGGCCCUCGGCACGAAACGCAAGGUUCCUCUCAACAACGGCUCUGCAAAUUCGUCCGAGGGCUCAAGCAGCAACGGACACUCCACCAUCAAAGAGGGUGAAGAAUUUGCCGUUAAUCAGCCGCAGCAGCGACAGCAACGACAGUAUCAUCGCCGUGAUGGCGGCAUCGCGGUGGCCCGUGGUGUGAAACAGAUGAAGAUGAGUGGUUUUUCUUCAAGGCAAACGCGAAAAAGUCCCGGUAGUGAGGAUAGCAGUGGUAGUGUGCCGGAGAGCGUAGGCGCCACGAUGCAAGGGGCCACCGCUGACAGUAGUGGAACAAAUAAUAGCGUGGCUGGUAUUCAAUCAGCACCUUCUACUGCUGUUAAUACGGGACCAAGCACAGCGCAGGACUUUGAGCUCGACCACGCAGCAUCACACUCGUUCCUCCAGGACCUUGGCGGUGGAUCUAAUGACCUCUUCGACUUUGACACGUUAUUGGGCACCGACCAAGAAACGUCCCACAAUGUCGGAUUGAAGGAGGUGUUUAAUUGGGGUGAAUCUGUAGAUGCUCACGAAAUUUAA